GGAGUGUAGGGUUACAGUGACGAGCCCGGACGACCCUUCCCGACCCGCGCGCGGAGCGCGGGCGGCCGAGGGAGCGCGCGGGACGCUCUAGGACCCAGCAGCGGAUGUCGGGUUUAAGGCUGGAGGUGAAGCCCUGGCAUUUCUCUCCUUCCUGUGUGAAUGGGGCUGAUUGUCGGGCGCCGCUUCCCUGCGCUGCCCCACGCCAUGCUCAGCGUGCUGCCCUGCGGCCGCUUUCCCCAGCUGCGAAACUGAACUAGCCAUGAUCGCCUCAUGUGGAGGGCAAAGUUGCGCCGGGGAACUUGUGAGUCUGCGGUGAAAGGUCCCCCUCCUGCUUGUUACAGUCCUAGUAGUCCCGUCCAAAUUCUGGAAGACCCCAACUACUUUUUCUCAGACUUUCCACUGUAUUCUGGGAGGCAUGAAGCGUCUGCUUUGACGGUGGAGGCAAACAGUACCAUCAGGGAAAAAGUUGUUGAGGAUCCUCUUUGUAACUUCCACUCCCCAAACUUUCUGAGGAUCUCAGAGGUGGAAAUGAGAGGUUCCGAGGAUGCGGCAGCUGGAACAGUAUUACAGCGGCUGAUCCAGGAACAACUGCGGUAUGGCACCCCGACCGAGAACAUGAACUUGCUGGCCAUUCAGCACCAGGCCACAGGGAGUGCAGGUCCAGCCCACCCGACAAACAACUUUUCUUCCACGGAAAACCUCACUCAAGAAGACCCACAAAUGGUCUACCAGUCGGCACGCCAGGAACCGCAGGGUCAAGAACACCAGGUGGACAAUACGGUGAUGGAGAAACAGGUCCGGUCCACACAGCCUCAGCAGAACAACGAGGAACUGCCCACUUAUGAGGAGGCCAAAGCGCAGUCCCAGUUCUUCCGGGGGCAGCAGCAGCAGUCGCAGCCGCAGCCGGGGGCUGUCAGUCAUGCUUACUACAUGGCCGGGGGCACCAGUCAGAAGUCACGGACUGAGGGGAGGCCCACGGUGAACCGGGCCAACAGUGGACAAGCGCAUAAGGACGAGGCGCUGAAAGAACUUAAACAGGGCCACGUCCGCUCUCUCAGUGAGAGAAUCAUGCAGCUGUCACUGGAGAGGAAUGGUGCUAAGCAACACCUCCCUGGCUCAGGGAACGGAAAGGGGUUCAAGGCAGGAGGGGGACCUUCCCCCGCCCAGCCUACAGGUAAAGUGCUGGACCCUCGAGGUCCUCCACCCGAGUACCCCUUCAAGGCCAAGCAAAUGAUGUCCCCGGUCAGCAAGACCCAGGAGCACGGACUUUUCUACAGUGACCAGCACCCUGGGAUGCUCCAUGAGAUGGUCAAGCCUUACCCUGCUCCUCAGCCUGCAAGAACAGAAGUGGCCGUCCUGAGGUACCAGCCACCCCCAGAAUAUGGGGUAACGAGCCGCCCGUGCCAACUUCCUUUCCCGUCAACCGUGCAGCAGCACAGCCCGAUGUCCUCCCAGAACUCCUCCGCCAGUGGGCCUCUGCAUGCCACCUCCUUGCCACUUGCACUUCCAGUGACCCUGGCAGGUCCACAGCCCCCGCCUGCCACCUCUGCCAGCCAGCAGCUUGGUCCAGAUGCAUUUGCAAUUGUGGAGCGAGCCCAGCAGAUGGUGGAGAUACUAACAGAGGAGAACCGGGUGCUUCACCAGGAACUUCAGGGUUACUACGACAAUGCUGACAAGCUCCACAAGUUUGAAAAAGAACUUCAGAGAAUUUCUGAAGCCUAUGAGAGUCUGGUCAAGUCUACCACCAAGCGAGAGUCACUGGACAAGGCGAUGAGAAACAAACUAGAAGGCGAGAUUCGAAGACUUCAUGAUUUCAACAGAGACCUCCGAGAUCGACUGGAGACUGCCAACAGGCAGCUGUCCAGCAGAGAGUAUGACGGGCACGAAGACAGAGCUGCGGAGGGCCUUUAUGCUUCCCAGAACAAAGAAUUCUUGAAGGAAAAGGAGAAGUUAGAAAUGGAGUUAGCCGCAGUGAGGACGGCGAGUGAGGACCACCGGAGACACAUUGAGAUACUGGACCAGGCUCUGAGCAACGCACAGGCCAGGGUCAUCAAGCUGGAAGAGGAGUUACGAGAGAAGCAAGCCUAUGUCGAGAAAGUUGAGAAGUUGCAGCAGGCCCUGACCCAGCUACAGUCUGCAUGUGAGAAGCGAGAGCAGAUGGAGCGGAGACUGCGGACCUGGCUGGAGCGAGAACUGGAUGCGCUGAGAACCCAGCAGAAACAUGGAAACGGCUCACCAGCCAGCAUGCCAGAAUACAGUGCCCCAGCCCUCAUGGAACUUGUAAGGGAGAAGGAGGAGCGCAUCCUAGCCCUGGAGGCCGACAUGACCAAGUGGGAGCAGAAGUAUCUGGAGGAAAGCACCAUCCGACACUUUGCCAUGAAUGCCGCAGCCACUGCCGCAGCCGAGAGGGACACCACGAUCAUCAACCACUCGAGGAAUGGCAGCUACGGCGAGAGCUCGCUGGAGGCCCACAUCUGGCAGGAGGAGGAGGAGGUGGUGCAGGCCACCAGGAGGUGUCAGGACAUGGAGUACACCAUUAAGAACCUCCACGCCAAAAUCAUAGAGAAGGAUGCCAUGAUCAAGGUCCUCCAGCAGCGGUCCCGUAAAGAUGCCGGGAAGACAGACUCCUCGAGCCUGCGGCCCGCCCGCUCCGUCCCGUCCAUUGCCGCGGCCACCGGCACACACUCCCGCCAGACCUCUCUCACCAGCAGCCAGUUAGCCGAGGAGAAGAAGGAAGAGAGGACCUGGAAGGGGAGCAUAGGGCUGCUGCUGGGGAAGGAGCACCAUGAACACGCUUCCACCCCCGUGCUGCCCACCCCACCUGCCGCAGCAUUGUCCUCGACAGGGACCAGCAGCGCCCACGCGAAGACGGGCAGCAAGGACAGCAGCACCCAGACGGACAAGAGCACUGAACUCUUCUGGCCCAACAUGGCCUCCCUGCCCAACCGCGGGAGGCUGAGCGCAACCCCUUCUAACAGCCCGGUCCUGAAACACCCAGCCGCCAAGGGGACUGCAGAGAAGCUGGAGAACUCUUCCGGCCACGGGAAGUCACCUGACCACAAAGGCCGAGUCAGCAGCUUGCUCCACAAGCCUGAGUUCCCUGACGGGGAGAUGAUGGAAGUUCUCAUUUAAUGCUGGCAUCCCUGUUGAAUUUCGUGACGGGACAUGGACAAAUGAGGAACAUGUCAAAGAGGGAGAAGAAAGAUCAAGAAGGUUGUGGUUGGAAAAUCAAGAAUGAUUUGAACUGAUAAAGAUUUCAGAUUAAUAAGAACACUUUUUAUAUAUGUUUAAAAAAAAAAAACAGGAGACCUACAUGAGUGAAGAUGAAGAGAAGGUUAUGGAUUUUUAUUGCAUAUGGUGGAAGAGAGACGAUGCAUGUAGGUUUGGAACAAAGAAGAAAUAGGAAAUGGAAUUUUUCAUUGUACAGAAAAUGUAUCUCAUGGGGAGGAUCCGUGUACACCCAUUCUCUGAUUAUAAACCAGAUAAACCUGAACGUGGAUCUUCUUUGGAAUACCCCUAUUCCCCUUGCCUCUUAGCAUCUUUUGUUUAAGCAGAACCUCCUAGAAUCUUGGAGAGCCCAUCCGGGCUAGAUGUAAUAUCCUGUGCCAUCCAUGGGGUGUCCUGUGAAGGUCUGAGAAGAAAUAACCAGGGGCAACAGGCAAUUUAAAACGUGGUCCUCAUCUAGUUACCUGCUUGGUUUGGGUUUUCAGGAGAUUUAGGGACUUCUUAGCUUCUGUGGACUCAGCAGUAUUUUCUAAACAGGAUGGGGGCAUUUUGAUCUUGGCGCUCAUCCUCCUUAACUUCUCUGACUUCAUUUCUGUCUCUGCUUCAUUUUCUUUACUCUUUUUUUCCUUCAUUUUUUUUCCCCCCUUUUUAAUUAAGAUAUGGCAGGGUAGGUCUGGGAUUGAUUAGAGCAGUAUCUGAACUGUCACCCUUCCUGCUGUGUUUAAUAGUGACCAGUGGGACAAAACCAUAGGCUGGCUUCCUGGCUGAUUCUUCCACCUUCAAGUAGUUGGGCUGCAGCUAUUAAUUCUGUUCUGACUUUGACAAGGCAGAAGGUCCAUGGUCAGUGUGACACCUUGCAUUAAGAUGAUAGCCCUGGCUUUUUCCUCUCAUGCACGGAGCUUGGUAUUUCCACCGUUUCUCCGUGGGGGUCAGACCUUCAGGACUGCACUCCGGGAAACAAAUGACACUUGGCGUGAUGGCAUCCAGAACCUCACCAGGCACCUUGUACACUUUCUAGUGUUUGUGGCUCGGAAGCACAUUCCUCACCCUUCCCAUCCCUCGCUGCUGACGAGCACGUAGGUUCCCGUGACUGUCAGCUCGUGUGUUAACACAUCGGUUUUCCUCGGUUUUCCUCUGUCAUGAGCUUGCUCUGUGACCUUACAGGCCAGUUUAUAUACAAUGUGGUCAGGUUUUUGUAGGUUUCAGUUUGGGGCAAGUUGUUCAAAGUAAGAUGGAAAUACCAUGUUAAAGAGCCCGGAGUGAGUGAGGAGUGGGUCCCUUUAUCCCUGUGUGUGACAGUUCACGUCUAACUCCUGAGAUACGGCUUUCUUUAUAAAUCUAGGAUGUGCUGGAUCGGAAAAGAGGAGAAGCUGACCAGGCCAUCGGAUGUUCUUACAGGGCCCUGAUGUUUUUCUCCCUCCAGGCCAACUGGAUGCAUGUCAUUCCAGGUCACUUUCCUUGUGCUUAAAUGUGGGGUGGGGGUGGGAAGUUCUAGAUCUGAGACUUUCAGGUCCCACCCAAAUGAAAUCCUGAAGACAACACUGCUCAGGAAAUCUUGCUUGGGUAGUUUAUUUGACGUUGGUCUUUGGAGUUUAAGUUGGGUGGAGUUAUAGCCUCCCCAGCUUGAGGAGACAGAAGGAUGGCAAAGAUGUCAGCUAGAGAAGGGGAGGGAGGAAACCAAUGGCUUUGCCCAGAGGGGCCUCAGAGCUGUCCAGCCUGACAGUAAGCAGGAACUGACUCUUCUGGGCUCUGCUCUGCGGCGGGCACUGAGCUUUGUGCUCCAUGCUUGUCACCUUUCAGUCCCAGGUUAAGCGUCACUGAGCAUUGUGCAGCCUGGGAAACUGAAGCAGCUCCAGGGGCCAAGGAGCCCGCUGAAUGCCCUAGGGUGUGGGGGAGAGCACAGAGGUUCCAUUAGUGAGGAAAGGGUUGAUAUGGUUGCUGGUGUGGAUGGGAUGGAGGGUCUCAUCCCAAUCUCUGUUCCCAUCACUUUUUAUGGGUGAUGAGAGUCAAUAGAUGGCAGCCAGCUCUCAAGGACAUCUGACCCCUGAUUAAUGCUGAGGAUGUACCAGGAAGACAAGAAAGUGUCUAGAGAUAAGAGAGCAAGUCACCUCUGCCAGCACCCCACCUGCUGCCUGCCCUUCCCCCUGCUUACGUCUGGGCCACCCCAAACUUGGGCUGCCUUCCCUAGAAUUGGGUGAGAGAGAACCACAGUCUAGUUUUGCCCAGACCUCGUCUUCAGCAUACCUCGCUGGCACACUCCAGCAACAGGCUGGCACACACUCCUCGGUCCCCUGAAUUGCCAGGCAGAGCGUCAGAGUGCAAGCACAGGCAUCACCAUGUUUCAGUUGUGCUGUGGUCUUUAUCAAUCUUUUUUCUUCUAACCUGCUAUGACUCUUCCAUAAGAAAAGGGAUCUACAGCUUUAAAAAGUCUUCUUUAUGGGACAUUUCCUGCCAAGCCAGGGCCCCUGACACUUUACAUCUUCAUAGCUUUUUAAAGCCUUGCUUAUAUGUAGGAGAGAGGGAUGGCCAAGGCUGAGCACCCACUGUGCGUUCUGAGUGGUUCACAAUGUAUUAUCUCGUUUAAUUUUCAGAAAGAUAAUUCUAGCUCAUUUUUCAGUGCUGACUGUAUGUGAGCACUGUGGUAAGUACCUUUUAAUAAGAGUCCUCAAGCCACCUAGGAGCAGGGGCAAGUUUAUCAUCCUUAUUUCACAGGAGGAAACAGGCUCAGGGAGGUUAAGUCCCCUCCCAAAGCCUUGCAGCCAGGAGAAGCUGGGAUCUGAACCACGGGUUUGAAGACGAGCUGGGCCUUCAUCACAGGCUGGACUGCCUCUGACACGGGAAUAACAACUGUCUCCUGGUGUCACGCCUUGGCCUGCUCUAUCCCCGUCUCCGAUGUGUGUGCACACGCAUGCACGCACACAGCUGCCCCAGUCUUGGGAACUAAGAAUUAGGACUACAGCCCGGAAUUCCUAGAUUUGUUCAUAAACACCAGGCAUAGAUGGAGAUCUCUGUGUUCUAUAAUAAGCAGGGCUACAAAAUCCAUUUAAAGAAAUACUUGCACAUUGUCCAGAGGCCUGGACUUCAGCAGAAUGUCCCAACGGUGUCUUAAUUAUGGAACUUGCAGGUCUUAUCUCAGUGCGAAGGGUAAAGGCUGUAGCUUUGUGUGAAGACGUGCCAGAGUGAUUCUGCUUCCUCUUAGAAUGUGUCAUCUGGCAGCUUCUGCAUGCUGUCCAGGGUUUAUUAUAUAGACUAGGUGGUAUUGCUGGAUUCUGGCAACUAAUUUCAGAGCAGAUACAGAACCUUUCCUUGGCAUUUUCUUUUCUCAGCCUUUCUUCUGCUUCCCAGAGAUUGGUAGCCAGUGAUGGCAUUGAGUCCACCCUGUUCCAGCAGGGUGGAACACUGGACAGGGCUGCCACGUCCCAUCCAGGGUUCCAGUUGGAGGGCAGAGAGUGAUGGGCCUUUUUCCUUCAGUCCUGCCGGGCUUGCUCAUUGGAGCUCGUGAGAAUUUGACUGCACAGGGCUCAGGUUGGAUAUCGAGAUAGUUGCUCCAAAAGAGUUCUGAACUUGAAACAGGGAAUUCAUUGGUUCUGUUGUUCAGGGAAGAGGCUGUCAGGAUGCCCCCUGCAGAGCAGCUGGUCCUGUUUGUUCUCUCCUGGGUUUGCCCUCAGCCACCUGUAUCCUCAUGAUGCAGUGGCUGAAGCACCUUUAUGCUCCGUGUGGGUGGAAUGAGAGGUUCUCCCUGUUCAGCAGCUUCUGAGUCUAGAGACUGACACGAAGACAGACGUCACUCCUGGGUUCCCAGGAGGAGUGAAGAAUAGAUUAGGGGUUUAAAAGGCUUCGAGGCAGAGAGCUCACACUUACACACGGGGAGCUAUGCUGGGCAAAGAGGUGUGUUUUCCAAAACCAAAGUCCCGCUACCUGUCUGCAUUGGCGCCAGUGGAGUGUGUGUCUGUGCUCCGAAUGACCUUGCCUCCUAAGCAAAGGACCAUGGUCUUGGUAAGCAGGAGCCCGUGAAUGUCCUUAAAUGGUAAUGGCCUUAGGUACCAGAGAACAUCCAGCCCACAGUUGGCUUCUUCACGUCCCCAAACCUGAAGCAGCCAUGGCAUAUGAUUUAUAAAUGUUGGGUUUCUUUUCUUUUUUCUUGUUAAUUAAUCUCUGCGUUUAAAAUGUCUUCAUUCAAUGUGAGGAUUGUUUAAUGGGUUUGCCUCUGAUGUGUGGCUCCUUGAGAGAUGGGCAGAGUAAUUAAGAAGUUACCGGAAGCUGAUCAGCUGGGAGCAUGUAAGGUCAGCAUUUCCGUAAGUGGAUUUCUUCUGGAACUAAUGGGCGAUUUUUUUUCUCCUCCUUUUAAGUAAUAUAUCCUUCUCUCAUUUAGUAAUUUAAUGGUAUAUAAAGACGUGUGUCUAUGUAUGUGCAUAUAUGUGAGGUGUGACUAUAAGGCUGUGUGUCAAGUUUCCUUUCUUAAUAUCCAGAAGAUCUAAGCGUUUCAUCUCACCCCAUCUUCCUUAAAAGGUAACCCUUUGAGAGACUGUAUUGAUCACUGAAGUGCUACCCAAAUAGAAACAUUUUGCAAAUGCCUCUGUUAGAAUGGCCUUUGGGGUCUAGUAGUUUCCUUUGAUUAUUCUUAGAGAUGAGAAAUCUUCAUCCUUUGAGGAUGGAAUUAAAUUUGGAAGUAACCCAAGUCAUUGACUCAGUUGGAUAAGUAAAGACACGUGAUUAAAGUCAGUCACACCAUUUUAGCUUAAAAAAAAAAAAAGAACCCUAAGAUGUUCCUUGGAAUGAGUCUUUGAAAACCUAGAGCCUCUCGAAGAGACUGCUUCGAAGGAGGACAUUCGUCGUUAGUACGUGGAACUUCUAGUGAAUUUGUUUUUAAAAAUCUGUUCUCUUGCCAUGCCUUGUAUGUGUUCACAUCUCUGUGCACACACAGAUGUAGGUGCGUAUUCAUUAGUAUAAAACUCCAGUAGGUACCUUGUAAAGCCGUGUUAUAUUUAGUGCAUGUUAUUGUCAUGUUAUGCUCUGACUGAGGUGUUUAUCACGAAACUUUGCUUCUUUACAGAAUUAAAAUACUGUUCUCAAUAUAAUGAAGUACAUAUACAGCAUUUUCUUGUAUCAGAUCCUGAAGUUUUGAUGCCCAGUGGUGUGUUUACAUGUGCUUUUGCCUAGGAUUCUGUUCACUUAUAGAUACCUGUAAGUAUUUAUUACAAAACAAAAUAUAAGCAAAUUUAUAUCCACAGUGGUUCUCUUUGAAUUAAGGUGUUUCUCCCUUCUGCGGAGGGACAACAGCGGAACCUCCUUCUCAACGAGGCACGUACAGAAUAUGUGGAAUUCUGCGAAACAAGGGCGGGCGCCUGCACUCACCUCAGCCAAAGCUAGGACAGCCCUCAUGCCACCGCUCCCUGCGCCUGCCCUGUGUGUGUCAUUGUGCUUUGUGGCAGUGUGCUGUGUGCUCUCCCGUGGACUCGGGGGUAACAUUUUGGCAUCUUCAUCUUGCUGGUCUGUAUUGAAGGGGGUUGUACAGAGCUGCACAGCCGGGUGGGUCUGCGUAGAGAGUGGGGGGAGUCCGAGAACGUGGUGUGUCCCCCACAGCAAAUACCGACACUGUUAGUCAGCCAAAGAUUUUCCUAUUCUUUGCUGCUUAAACUUGUGCCUUAAUAUUGUAUAUAAUAAAUGGAUAAUAGCUCUUCUUUCCCUUAUGCUUGUUCUUUUCAUUCCCAAAGAACUGAUGUACUGGGCACUCAAUAAAUGUUUGUUGAAAUUCA